UAACAAUUGAAUCUCGCCGUAAAAAACCUCAAAGCGUUCAUAGAAACCAAGUUAAUUUUGGAAAGCCAUACAACAAAAGACAUGAAAAAGAAGCGAGGAACUAAAAAAAAGUCAGUUGGUCUUAAUGUAAUAUCAUUUGAAUUGUCAAAUAAUAAUUGUUAACCGAAGGACAUUAUUCAGCAAACGUAGUUAUUGUCAACCGAAUCACAAAGUUCAACAAAUAUAUAAUAUAAGGAUAAUGCUAGAAAUUAUAUUAUAUAAUUAAAUAAAUAUCUUUGUACAUAUUGUUUAAAUUAUUACAUUUUGUUUAUUUCUUUAUUAUUGUUUUCAAAAUGUGAUAAAUAUUACAUAUUUACAGGAUUUUAAUUACAGAGUAAGAUUUUUAAACAAAAAAAUGGCUAACUUAACUCAGAGCCAUCAAAUAUCAAAAUCAAUUCAAUUGUCAAUAUGUUCAAAUUUUUGUCUCAGAAUGAAAAAGUAUGAAGUCAUGUCAAAUGUUUUUUUACAGUAAAGGUGUUUCAUAUUUAUUUAUUUCAAUAUUGUUUUAAAAGUUACACAUGCUACAUGUUUGAGUAAAUAAACUAAUUUUUACAAUCUUAUUUAAUGUAUAUAUUCCUAUUUAGUUUUAAUUUUAAUACAAGUGCACCUGAUUUAUAAAAUUAAAUUUUAUUCAGGAAGAAGACCUCAAAUUCAAAGUCAACAAACAAUGCUGAUGGAGAAGAUAAGAUAGAAGGAUCAGAGGGUAUUAACCCAAGCACUCUCAUAUCAGAAAAUGAUCCUCAGGGCACAAAAGCUGAUACAAAAAAGAAGAAAAAAGGAAAAAAGAAAAAAGUGUCUAAAUCUGAGAAGUCUAUGGUGAGUAGGUAGAGAUUUGAAGAAAUGUAGUUUGAAAUUAUUAAAUGUAAACUUUGUUUAUUAAAACAUGUAUCACAUUCUUGAUUUGAAUAUUUUUGUAAUGUCAAUAUUUAUACCUGCAACACACAAGCUUUAUAAUCUCUGAUUAGCACACACAUAAGAUUUUAAACAUUUAUACAUACUUAGUUUGCAUAUUUCAUAUUUGUAUAUUUUGAGUAAACCAUAAAAUUAAGACCCAUUAGCUCCAUGCCUCUUCUUAUUUUUCGUGAUGAUUUUUGUUCUCUAAAGUGUUCUUUUACCAUUCAUGUUAUGGAGAUCCAUGCCUUGCAUCAUUCAGUUUAAACAUUUGAUAAUCAUAAAAGUAACUGUAUUUGUAAAACUUUGUCAUUUCUCUAUAUGUAUUUUGACUGAUGUUUUCCCACAAGCUUGCUCUGGAAAAAAAAAUUGAGAAACUUAAAUUAAAUGAAUCCAACUAUGACAGCAUCAUUAAUCGAAUGCAUCAGUGGAUGGUGGACAAAGCCAAAAUUGCAACUGAUGUUUUUAAGCUGAUGGAUAUUAAUGGAGAGGGUUUGCUGUCUUAUGAUGAGUUCAAAGCAGGUACUUUCACAUUAACAAUCACUAUUUUUUUUGUGUUUUUUUAAAUUAAAGCUGGUGGGGACUUCUUAUAUAUAUUGCAAUUUUUAAAAUUUGGUUCCAAAUGUAUUCAUUAUUUUAGAUUCAUGAUAAAGAUAUCAUCUGUUGUUCAAAAUUAAAAUACCAAAUCUAGAUGUAUCCCUAUGAAAUAUUUACUUAGCUUAAAUCCUAUUUAUUACAUAAUUUUUAUUGUUGUAAAAAUAGGUAUGUUUGACUUAAAUGCCCCUCUGAAUAAAGUAGAGCUUCAUCUGCUAUGCACACUUCUGGACAAAGAUGAGACUGGAGAAAUAGAUUACACUGAGUUUAAGGCAGGCUUACAAUUAGUUAGGUGAGAGAUUUAUAAAUUAAUUCUCAUUGUGUUACUCACUUUAUUUUAAGAAGUUGAAUAAAAGCUGAAAGAGCUAUCUUUUGAAAAUGAUAUUAAUAGUUGUCCGUAAAUAUUAAUUUUUGAAAUUACUAUUUUGUCAUAAUUAUACUCGAUUGAUGUCAAUAAUUUUAAGAUAACUAAUUAUAUACUCAAACAGAGAAGUGAGAGAAGUAGAUCGCCAAAGAUUCCGCGACGAUCAUAUUCUUUUGGCUACUCAGCGCAAGUUUCCUACAUGUCCUUGCUGUAAAAUGAUCAUAACUGAACCAUGGAGGGAAGAGGUGCCUCGGUAGGUUUGCUUAGAAUCCCUAUUCAUCAUUGUUUCAAUAUGCUCAUACUCCGUGCAUUUCUUAAAUAUUUUCCUUUUCUAUUCAUUCAGCUACAUCCUGUUGGAGUUGCGUUGCGUUACCUUUGACAUGAUUAAAGAUUACCCUGGCCACUUGAAACUGUUAGUUCACGCCCACCUGCGUAUCUGCGGUCUCAUUCAGAUGAUUAUAGCGGAAACAGACAUAAGCUCAACCAAGCUGGCUGUUUUCCGUGACAAGUCUCGGAGUGCCGAUUCGGUUCUCUCCCCCGACAUUACCUUGGAAGAGUACGGGUUUAAUGGUGAUAGUCGAGACAGUCCAGAAGAGCAGACUUUGUUUUAUGACUACACAGUCGAGUUCACUGACUGUCCUAUAUUGAUGUGUGAUCAUUAUUUUGGACAAAAGGUGCAAAUUUGAUAGGAACUCCCUGACAAUUUUGGCUCAUAGGCGCCACAUAUUUUUUCAUUGGAAGUCUGUCUUGUGUUAAUUAAGUAGAACUUCCAUGAGAAUUAUUGGAUUUAUCUGUCAUGUUUUGAAUCAAACUUUUAAAAAAUCUACACUAAAUUUCUUUGCAUUAUACCUCAGUAAUAUAUAUUCUAUAUAAGAGAUAUAUAAGAGCAUCAUUUCUCACACCUUUCAGACUAACAGGAAUUUAUCCCCAUUGCAGCAAGGUCUUAUAAUUUUUUUUAAUAAUAACAGAAAAAUUGGGCACAUUUCGAUAUAUAUUUCACCUUUUAUGGAUUCAAAAUCAUUGCUUUAGACUGCAGCUAUUGUAAUAUUUGAAAGACUAUCCUCUAAAUAUAUCAAAACCAUUUUUUGACUUGAACUCAUACCAAAAAAAUUUCAGGAUAAAAAAAGUUUAUUCAGCUGAGUUGUAUUCUAUGUGCUAAUUUUUUUUUUAAAUUUCCAUUAAAACUAUAUUAUAAAAAGUAUUCUUUUAUUAAUACUUUUAUUUUUUAUUCCAUUACUGUUAUUUUUUUAAAUAUUAUUGUUCCAAAAUAAACAGUAAAAAUGGGCAGUAAAAACAAAAUUUUAUCUUAUUAAAAUUUAAUCAUGCAUGCUAAGUGAGUAACUGAGUUUUUUUUAAAUUUAUUUGUGUAAGACAUGUCAAUAUAUUUCAAAUUU